UUCAGUCCAACUUUCCGUUCAUGUAAGGUGUCUACUAAGCUUCGAUACACUAUAUUGGGCCCACCCUCCAAAUCAUUUGAUUCAGGUGUCCCAAUCCCCUCCAUAUCAUGUGAUUCAGGUGUUCCAAUCCCCUCCAUAUCAUGUGAUUCAGGUGUUCCAAUCCCCUCCAAAUCAUGUGAUUCAGGUGUUCCAAUCCCCUCCAUAUCAUGUGAUUCAGGUGUUCCAAUCCCCUCCAGUCAUGUGAUUCAGAUGUUCCAAUCCCCUCCAAAUCAUGUGAUUCAGGUGUUCCAAUCCCCUCCAUAUCAUGUGAUUCAGGUGUUCCAAUCCCCUCCAUGGACACAGGUGUAUACAAUC